AUGGCUGCCACCAAUGCUCCCGCCAUCGAAAUCGUGGUCGUGCACGACCAUGGGUCCACGACGACGGCACUGGUCCGGUAUCUAGGCUGGGCAGCUCUGAUCCUCCUGGCGACGCAAGUGCUGCUCUUUGUCUACAAAUCACUCACGUCGCCACUUCGCACUGUGCCCGGCCCGUUCGCCGCACGCUUCGGACGAUUCUACUACUUUUAUAAAGUAGCUCAGGGCCAGUGGGAGCACGACGACAUGGCGCUGCACCGGCGGUAUGGACCCGUGGUGCGGGUCGCGUCUGACCUGUAUAGCAUCGACUCGCCCCAGGUGAUCAAGAGCGUCUAUGGGAUCAACUCCAAGUUCCCGAAGGCAGACUGGUACGAUGCUUGGAGACAUCCUGAUCCAAGCAGGUUUACGCUGUUUCCGGACAGGGACAUGAAGAGGCAUGCCGACACCAGAAAAAGGUUUCAGGCUAUGUAUUCCAUGUCGAGUCUGGUUAAUUACGAGGGCUAUGUGGAUGAGUGUGCCGAGGUUUUCAGGACGAGGCUGGAGGAGUUUGCGGCCAGUGGGGAAACGAUCGAUAUGGGGAAUUGGUUUCAACUUUAUGCUUUUGAUGUCAUUGGGGAUAUCACCUACUCUCAAAGAUUUGGGUUUCUAGACAAAGGCGAAGAUAUUGCAGGUCUGUUGAAAGCUCUGCACGGGGUGCUCAGAUACGGCACCCUCGCGGGGAUUUAUGCGCGGCUCCAUCCUGUCCUUUUCUCGAUCACUGCGAAGUUAGGUAUGGGUGGUGCAGCGGGGAGAAACUAUCUGAUGAAGUAUGUGAAUGAAAGAAUUCAGCAGAGAAAGGAUGAGAGGGCUGCAGGUAAGGAUGUGGAAAAGACCGGCGCUCGGGACGACGGUGCGCCGAUAGACUUUCUGGAAAAGUUGCUGUUGGCAAAUGAGAAGGAUCCCGACAAGGUGACACCGUACCACGUUUUCAUGAUGGGUCUGUCAAACAUCAUUGCGGGUUCCGAUACUACGGCAGUGAGCUUAUCGUCGAUCUUGUACAACCUGCUCAAGUACCCAGAUACGAUGGCCAAGCUUCGAGAGGAGAUCCGUCAAUUCGAGGAAGAGGGUCGCUGCGGGACCCCCAAUGUGUCAUUUAGAGAAAGCCAGGAUAUGCCAUAUCUCCAAGCGGUCAUGAAGGAAGCACUCAGGAUGCAUCCGGCUACUGGACUGCCUCUAUGGAGAGUUGUCACAGAAGGAGGAGUUGAGAUCUGUGGGCAAUUCUUCCCGGAGGGCACAACUAUAGGGAUCAAUAGCUGGUGUGCUCACUACAACGAGGAUGUAUUCGGUGCAGAUGCUCGUCUAUUUCGGCCAGAAAGAUGGCUUGAGGCGCAAGCAGAGGGGGGUGAGCGACUGAAAGCCAUGGAGGCGUACUGGAUGCCUUUUGGACUUGGAAGUAGGACAUGCAUAGGGCGACACAUCUCGUUCCUUGAAAUGUCGAAGCUCAUUCCUCAACUUGCCAGACGGUUUGACUUUGAACUCGAACACCCGGAGCGGCCGUGGAAGACGGAGAACAAUUGGUUUGUGAAGCCGGUUGAUUUUGAGGUCAAGGUCAGCCUUCGCAAGACGUAA